GGGAAUCACUCAAAUGAGUAUAUUUCAUUCAAAAUAAUAUAUCACUUUCAUGAUGAUAUGGAAAAAUUGUAGAUUUGAAAAUAUAUCACAAUCCGACAACGUAAUCUAACCAUGUUGGGGACAAGUAAAAUUUGCUUAUAGCGAGGCUUAUAGUCCCUCCAUCUAUGUUUAUUACUCUAUGGUACAUAUCUAUGAAUAAAUUGAAGUAUGGAAAUAUUCCAUUAUAAUUCUACUUUUUAGAUUAUCUACAUCAUUAGCAAAAAUAUACUAAUGAAUUGAUUUUUUACUUUUGUACGCCGAAUCCGCAGAUAACUAGACUUUUGAAUUGGCACGAAUAUCCUUAUGGAUUCCAUAACCUUGGAUAACGAAACCGCAGUUGCUUCCACAAAUAAACACGAAACGUCAUAGUCAUGCACGUCAGAAAUUAUAUGAUUGUGAAUGCGAAGUGGAAAACAUUCUAUUGAAACUGCAAUAUCAAAUGUUCAGAAUACGAUAAAUAGUUUGGUGCAUUUACCAGUUCGGGUUUUGAGUUUGUGGUGGCAUUACGGAAAUAGUUUGAACAUUAUAAAAACGAUAAAAAAGGACAAUACUCCAAAGUAUGAUAGAAGAUCCAUCUCUUUUCCCAUAGGACAACAUGUUUUGCUGACCCAAGGACUACCUAUGUUGUCGAAGAAACAGAGGGAAAGCGCACCUAUAUUUCUAUUCAUCAAAGAUGAUGCUCUAGGAGUAAUGGAGAGAGAAGGAGAUAGAUCAAAGAAGUAUGCUACAAGUUAAAUAUAUGUUCCUAGGUUGAAAGGGUCGGAAUAUGAAGAUUGAUUUCAUAUGUCUUCCAAUUAUUCCAGACAACAAACUUGUAAUCGACGAUACUGGCUGGAUUCCGCUUUAGAGCAGAGAUACUUGCUGGUUAGUGUACCAUUCAAGAAUGAUGUUAUUAUAUUUUUCUGUCUUCAAUAUUCCACUAAAAACAGCGAAAUAAUAAUCGAAUAAUAAGAAUGAAACAUCUAAA